AUGUCAUCUCACCGAUCCGCGUCCUCGGACGAAACAAAAAGCCAACAUGUCGACGGGGCAGAUAAAGAAAACAUUGAACGCAAACCAGAGCUGGCUGCUGAUCCCGAAGUGACAGUGGCACCUAGCCCCAGCGCACAGGAGCAACAGUGGGUAACGGGAUUCAAACUGUUCAAUAUCAUCACUGCCGUCGCACUCGUAUGCCUUCUUAUGCUAUUGGAUACGUCUAUUAUUUCUACAGCAAUCCCUCGGAUCACAAGCGAAUUUCAUUCGCUCGUUGAUGUCGGUUGGUAUGGAAGCGCAUAUCAACUUUCAAGUGCGGCGCUUCAACCACUCACCGGCAGAAUAUAUAUGAACCUUAAUACAAAAUGGACCUUUGUGGGCUUCUUUUUCAUCUUUGAGUUGGGCUCACUAAUAUGUGGCAUUGCUACAUCGUCAAAAAUGUUGAUUGUUGGACGAGCGGUCGCUGGGAUAGGAGGCGCAGGCAUCUUGAACGGAGCUUUCACCAUCGUUUCUGGAUGCGUACCGAUGUCUAGGCGCCCCACAAUAAUCGGUCUUGUUAUGGGGGUUUCUCAGGUGGGCUUAGCAGCCGGACCAUUGGUAGGAGGUGCAUUGACAGAGUACUCAACAUGGCGGUGGUGCUUCUACAUCAAUCUUCCAAUUGGCGGCCUUGUUGGCAUCAUGCUCGCCUUUGUCAACAUCCCCGAGGUUCUUCCCAAGAAGAAAUUCACCAUCGCCAUCAGAGAAUUACCCGGUCAGCUGGAUCUUAUUGGCUUUGCGCUCUUUGCCCCGUCUGCAAUCCAACUACUGCUCGCGCUUCAGUAUGGUGGAAAUCAAUUUACUUGGCAUAGCUCCCAGGUGAUUGGUCUUUUCUGCGGAGCCGGUGCCACGUUUAUUGCUUUUCUUCUCUGGGAUUACAAGCAGGGUGACAAAGCUAUGAUACCAUUUUCAAUGAUUCGCAAACGAGUCGUAUGGUCGAGCAGCCUGGCCUAUGGACUACUCAUGGCUCAGGUCUUUUGCGUGCUAUGGUAUCUUCCUCAGUAUUUCCAAGCGGUGAAAAACGACAGCCCGCUGAUGAGCGGAGUCCAUAUUCUCCCGAGUAUUCUGGCUCAUUUAUGCGGCGCUGUUCUUGCGGGCAAGAUUAUUGAACGAGUCGGCUACUACCUCCCGAUAAUGCUUUUUGCUACCUCCCUCACGACGGUGUCCAAUGGCCUGCUGUCAACCUUUUCACCCGAUACGUCAACAGGGAAAUGGAUCGGAUACCAGAUCCUCCUCGGGGCGUCUCGUAGCUUGGGCGUGCAGAUACCCGUUAUUGCAGUUCAGAACAUCCUUCCACCUGCACAGAUCCCCGUAGCGACUGCGUUGGUGAUGUUCAGCCAAACUCUGGCAGGGGGCUUAUUCCUCACCUUCUCAGACACUAUACUCACCAACAGUCUUUCAACACUGAUUCCCAAAUACGCUCCGUCUGUCGAUGCUAAGACAAUCAUUCAUGCAGGACCCACCGAGUUCCGCUCCUAUGUCACCGACCAGCAGCUGCCGGGUGUAGUUCUGGCCUACGCGAAGAGCGUCGAUCGAGUGUUUUAUUUGACAACGGCAACAGCUGCAGGGAGCUUUUUCUUUUCUUGUUUCAUGGGAUGGAAGGAUAUUCGGAAGAAGAAGAUCGUUUCAAAAGCUUGA